GUACUGUGUUUGUAGCGGGUGAAGCUGCUGACUGCUAUACCAGCAUCCUAGAACGGCAGCAUUUCGAGUCCUGGCUUGCUCCACUUCUGAUCCACUACUCUGCUAAUGUGUCUGGGGAAACAGUAAAAAAUAUUGUUUCCAGGCCCAAAUUCCACGCACAUAGAAGACCCAGAAGAAGUUCCUGGUUCCUGGUUUCAGAUUAGCCCAGCCAUCACUGCCACAGCACUCUAAGAAGGAGCCCAGACACACAGAAUGGCUUCGGAGCAAGGUUCUUCACAAAUGGAUGCCACUUUGGGGAGGAGAAUCGAACCCCGGGACUUUGUGGAAACCUUUAAUCCCAGAGCCCUCCGUAAGGAGACCUACCUGCUCUAUGAAAUCCGGUGGACAAGCAGCAAGAUCUGGCGAAACUCCAACAGAAACACCACCCACCACGCAGAGGUUAAUUUUAUAGAGAAGCACACUUCUGAAGGACGCAUCCGCCCACGCACCAGCUGCUGCAUCACCUGGUUCUUGUCCUGGAGUCCCUGCUGGGAAUGUGCCAGGGUCAUUAAGGAAUUUCUAAGUCAACACCCAAAAGUGAAACUUGUUAUUAAUGCAGCCCGGCUCUUCCAUCACACGGAUCCCCAGAACCGGCAAGGACUCAGAGAUCUGGUUGCCAGCGGUGUCACAAUCAAGAUCAUGGGCAUGUCAGAGUACUGUUACUGCUGGGAGCAAUUCGUCAACUACCUACCAGGGGAAGAAGCUUUCUGGCCAAGGUACACACCUGAUCCCAUGAUGAUGUUUGCCCUGGAACUCCAGUGUAUAAUUCUAAAUCUCCCACCCUGCUUAAAGAUUUCAAACAGUCAUCAAAAUCAGCCUGCAUUUUUCAACCUUACUCUUCAAAAUUGCCAUUAUGAAGCCUUCUACCUUUUAGCUCUAGGACUGUUAACGGUUUUUUGUCGUAAUUGAUGAUGAAUAGAAUGAUUCUUUCUGUUCACACUAUUUCAAGAACAAACUACGUACGGAAGAAUGUAGAAAUUGGAGUUGCUGGGAUCAGUUGGUCCAAGUCUGCUGGGCUGAGCAUGCUUCUGACCCCUCCCUCUCCUGGCACAGCAAACGGAAGGACAGUCAUCGAGAAUUUGGUAUCCAAGGCCCUAUAGGUCGUUAUCUAGAAAAUGAAUGUUAACAGGAAUUCUGUUGAUGCUCCAAAUCAGGUGGGACUAGUGGAAAAUCAUGGCCUGUUAUUCAAGUGUCACAAGUCCAACACACACUCGAAGAUCUCUCUGCAAGAGCGGAUGCAGUUAAGGAAGAAAAUCUGAAGCUACAAUCAAAAUUUGUUGUUCUUCUUGGACAAUAAAUAGAAGAUUUCAUGUCAGAUUCUAGUAUACUUCAAAUAAUUGAUACAAGAAACCAAACAAAUUAAGGGAUUAAUAUCCCUUCUGUUUCAUGAUGUUGCUGACUUGUUUUUUUGUUUUUUUGUUUUUUUUUAUAAAACAUCAAUAGACUGCAAAACUUCCAGUGCUUGUUUUCACGGCUUCACUGAAUGUUUAUGAAGAUAAUGUCAGAUUUAGACAUAAUUUUCUGCUUAAGAUUCUACACGUUGUGUAUUAGUCUAUGAAAAGUGUGAAUGAAUUCUAGAGACUUUAUAACCUGACUUGCAUAGAUUAUGACACUUGAAGAUGAAUGCUUUAUUGAAUUUACCUUCGUGCAUAGGCUUAGUGCUGUCUUGUGUUAUAGGCUUGGUAAGAUACCCAAGAAAGAUGUGCCAUUUUGUGAAAAAGUGACCAAAUCAUGUGUUGAAUACACAGCUUUAUGUCCCUGUCUA